AGAAGGCAAAGUUACUUCCUCCUCCUCCUUUUUUUUUCUUUUUCUUUUCUUUUCCUUUCUUGAAAUUAAAAGACUGUCCACAUCGUCAUGAGCAGCAGACGGCUGUGCCGCCACCAACAAACACCAACACCACGACGAACACCACGACGAACAAACACCCGCGCGGGGACGUGCGGGACCUCGGCAGAGCCGCCGCUCGCACGCGUGAGAGCGGGAGGGCUCUGAGAAAGCAACGAGAGUGGCACGCGACUGCAGGCAACUGACCUGGCCGCAACCGCUGCUGCCCCUUUUUUGCGGGUAAACCCUUUCAGGUGGUAGAAACGACGACGGCGGUCGGAUUUACACAACGGGCAUCUAUCUGCCGGGGAAUAUAUAUAUAGCAAACGCGCUGCGGCCACACCGUACCGCUUUUUGGCAGCCUUUGUGCGUGCGGCCCGGGGAGAAAGGGGGUCAGUCAGUGUCGUUCGCGGCGAGGGAGGCAAGCUUGGGACGCUGUGGCCUGGUGCCCAUAUAUUAAGGAGAGGGAGGGACGCCCUGUCAUCGUUGCGACGGGGAGUCGCUGCGAAAAACAGGGACAUCUUGGAUCGUGGGGUUUGCGCGGGAGGGAGGGCGCAGAGGCGCAGAGAUAUAUCGACUUGACGGCGCAGCGACGACGACGACUCGUGUUGCACAUGCAGGCACUCACACCGCGAUAUAACGUCUGUCUACCUCACGGGUCCCCGGGCUUCACUUCCGACGAGCACACUCCCGCAGUCACCAUGGCCCGACGAAGGAGCAGUAGUCGCAGGGCGAACUUCACCCUCAGCAACAUCUCCAUCAUCAGCACCCCCCUCCUCACCCUCCUCCUCAUCCUCCUCUCCAUGCUGCCUCUUCUCCUCCCCGUCGCGCACGCGCACGACCACCACCCCCUGCAAGCCUCCCCCGGCGACGACGGCGGCAGCCUCUCCCCGAACCUACCACGAGCCUCCUCCUCCUCCUCCUCCUCCUCCUCCCCAACAACCACCACCACGACGCAGAGCAGCGGCCCGGUCUUCUCGCCGCUGCACCAGCGCGACGAUGCGCCGCCGCCGCCGUACCAGCCCAUCGUCACCCCGCCGCCCGACCAGGCCGAGCGCCUCGCCAGCAUGGGCUACCGCCAGGAGACGUUCUACACGUGCAACACGGUCGGCGGGAGGGAGCACUGCGGCUGGCACAACCCCGUGGUCGUGGCGGCGGCGGAGGCCGCGCCGGGGAGGAGGCCGCGCGCCGCGGGCAGCGGGGCGGUGGUGGCGGCCGUGGGGUGCCUGGCGGGCGUGUUUGCGCUGGGGAUGAUGUAG